AUGAAGCUCAUCCCCUCGCUUCUGCUCCUUGUGAGCUAUGGAAGCGCCACUACUCAUUCUUUGCACAACAACGCAUCAUCCUGUCCAGCCCGAACGCUACAUCUCAGUGAUCCGCCUUAUCAGGAUUACUUUUACUCAGACUGUCACGUCGAUGCUCAAGCUGUCAUCACCAGUCCCCUCCCCGACAGCAAUCUUUCCAUCAUAGGCCCUCGACUCAUCGUUGCCUGGCCUGCCGGAAAUAGUGGCAUCUGCACCUUUUUCCAACCACAAAGCGGCAAAAACGGUAGCCUCGCCAUUGAGCUUGUCAAUUCCACGUUGGGGAGCCCUCUGGGCCCUAUCUACCGCAAGGCCAACCACUCUGCCCCCCCUGUUGUUGGCGUCGAGGGCGUUCUCUCCUUCAAUGAUUCCGCUGAGCUGCCGAUUGCUAUUCUGGGCAGCGUCAGAAACAUUCGUGAUUUCACAGAAGGCCCAAGUCUCCUUAGUCCUGUUAUACAAGCCGGCAUCAGAGUCACCAAAUAUCAGCAUAACGGCGCGCAAAUUACUCGGAGAUGGCUAGACAACGUCACUACCACUACAUUCACGCUUGUACCCUGGAAGAACAGUGAUAGCCACAUCCGAAUCCACCACACAACGCUGCGGUUCGGCUCUGGCUUCUACCAUUUCACUGCUUCGUUCAACUAUCCUCAGCUCAAGCAGUUGACGCCGACUCAGAUAUUGAACAACCAGUCCCAAGCACUCGUCAAACAACAGCCAGAGACCGUCUCAUCCCUCUCCUUCUUCUCCUACACGGAGAAGCUGCUGGCCGGAGGGUGGAGGUUUCUCACAUACUUUGGCCGCGACAGCAUGAUUUCGGCACUCCUGCUCCAGCCUAUUCUCAGCACCGGCAAUGGUUCUGCCAUCGAGGCCGUCAUAGGAGCAGCGCUCGAACGUGUCAAUCGAACAGAUGGCUCUGUCUGCCAUGAGGAAACCAUUGGCGACUAUGCGACGUUCGUCAAUUUGCAGAACAACAUUACAUCUACAGCCGCUGGUUUUACGUAUCCAAUGAUUGACACGGACUACUAUCUCCCCAUCCUUAUGGCACGAUACUUUGGCUCUUCUCCAGAUCGAGUCAGCCCACUGCUCAGCACAAAGGCUGGAACAAUUGACGUCAGCAAUGCGAAUCUGACUUGGGGCGAUCUGAGUUACACCACUGCCAGCAAGAUCAUGAACCUUACCGCGGCAUUUGAGCAUAAUCAGACAGUGGACAACCUCAUUGCUCUCAAGCCAGACCAGAUCGUCGGUCAGUGGCGCGAUUCCACAUAUGGUCUUGCCAACGGCCGCAUCCCAUUCGACGUUAACUGCGCUCUGGCACCAGCCGCCCUGUACGCCAUCUCCAGCUUGGCAGCCAUGCCCGGCGUCUAUCCCAACAAUUCUUUCACCAGAAACUGGGCCACGGAGGCGGCACGGAGGGCCAAAGUGUGGGAAGACAAGACGCUACAGUUCUUCCAGCACAACAUUACCACCCAGACCGCCAAGACAAGGCUGAAGCAGUACACCAACAAGAGCACAUUCUACAAGGGCCCUACCAAUGGUGAUUCGGUGUCGAACUAUUCCACCGAUGGUACCGUGAUUGACUAUGGAUUGGCCAUCAACAGCACCACUACGCCAGAGAUUAUUCCCAUUUCACAUACAGAUACGGCCUUUCGCCAUUACUUGCUCAACACAACAGACGAUGAGCAACUGACAACAUUUAUCAACGCAUCCGCAAACGCGAUUCUGCGUCCGUUCCCAGCUGGUCUGAGCACCCCGGUCGGCGUCGUCGUCGCGAAUCCUGCCCUGUCCGACAACGGCGUGCUCAUCGCCAACUUCACAAACUCUGCCUAUCAUGGCACCGUCAUCUGGAGCUGGCAGCUGGCGCUGAUGGCCAAGGGACUUGAGCGGCAGCUUGCGCGAUGCCAUGGCGCGAACGUGACGGAUAUCCCUUCAUCCGUGGUCGAUGCAACCGCGAUUCCCAAAUUCUGCAGCAACAAGGGCGUUUUGGGUGCUGUGAAGAGCGCGUAUAAUAAGCUGUGGGAUAUGAUCGACGACAAUGCGGAGCAGCUCGAAUCCGAAGUAUGGAGCUGGACGUAUAACGAAGGAUCGUCGCGAGGCUUCGAGUUUUCCCCUCUGGGUGUACUUCCUCCUCCACCAGGAGUAGGAGGUGGAACAGAGAGCGACGUCCGACAGCUGUGGAGUUUGACGUUCCUAGCUGUGAAAAGGAAUAAGAGUUUUCAGUGA